AAAAAACUGUUUUGUUAUGCUUCCCAACAUAUCUAAGAGCAUCGUUCAUUUGGUGUCUGCUUCGGAUUAAUCGCACUGGAACAAAAAGAUGAAUUCCGAAAUGAGUAGCAGCAUGCACUCGGGUCGGCCUGAGAGUGAAUUCAGCAUCGAGUGCUUCCAAAACUACACCGCCCCAGAAGUGUUUGUUCAAGGGUUGGCUGGACUGGUGAAUCAAACCGAUGUGGAAGUCAUGAUUAGGGCACAGAAGCAAAUGUUGCAACGUUUUGAGAAAACCAAUGAAAUGCUGCUGAACUGUAAUGCCUUGAGCCAAAGUCGGCUCAAAAUCGCAAGCGACGAUUUCAAGAAACAUACCAAGCUGCUCAAUGACAUGAAAAAGGAUUUGGACUACAUUUUCAAGAAGAUACGAAACAUUAAAACCAAAUUAGGAACUCAGUAUCCUCAGCCUUUCGCUGAGGCCGAGGCGAAGAAUAAACCCAUAAGCUUUGACGAAGAGGAGGAAAUUGAUACGGCUGCUAGGGCGGAAUCGCUGGACGAAUGCAAUAGUCAAUCUCAUGCGACAACCCCGGUAAAGGUGUCAGUUGUAGGACCAAAAAAUAACCAAACACAAAAGGAAGGUUCUCAGAAAGAGAAGAAAAAACUCAACGAGAAUCAGGCGAGCGAACCAUCGACAACUGUCAGUUAUAUGAAGAUGGAACAAAGUCCGGAAAAUCGAAAAUCCCGGAAAACCACUCCGUGCGACUCCAAGAGAAGUUCCCUGUUAUCUACCCACAGUAGCUCUACGGAUAAUUCGAAUGAUUCUUCAGAGUGCACAUCUGACACUGGUUGAAAGACUAUAGGCUUUUUUCUGAAUUUAUCUCACGAUGCUAAGAUUGUAUGAUGCGACCGCCUCAAACCAUAACUAAGCAAACAGAUAGUAAAAAUAUUAAUUUAUUUUAGUUGCUCACAAAUAAAAUAGGUGUACGGCAAAUUUUCCUGCUUUUUGCAUGAUACUUUGAAACUUUUCGUUUUCUAUAUAUUGAAGGCAACGAAUUUGCCAUUGUGGGUCCAAAUUAAAUCAAUAAUUACCCCGACCCUAAAUCUAUUCAAGCAAACCAUGCGAAAAGAUUCCUACACAUCAACGGAUCAAGGUGUUAAAAACGGAUAACUAUAUGCUGUAUGUAAGAUUAUAAUAUUGAAUGUAUAACAAUAGUAUUAAAAAAAUAAAUCUGUUUUGCAAUAAUUAUGAAUAA